UCACUGCUAUUAGAAUCAAAGGUUAAACGUUUUUUUGUUUCUUUUAGAAGUCUAAAUAGAAGUUUUUGUAUCUUUCAAAAAACGGUGACUUACAAUUUUCUGAGUUUAGAAUGAAAAUAUGUAUGUGCUUAUAUGACAAAUACAAUGAAGACUGUAUGCGAGCGUAUCAUAUAUGAUAGAAUUUCAUUUGUAGAUUAUUUAAGUGGAAUGGAUUGUGCAGAACAAAUAUAAACCAGUGUGAAAACGUGAACAUGCAAUAAUUUUUUGUACUUCAUAAAAGAAUUAAUAUAAUUGCUAGUGUAAUCAUGGAGGAUGCUAUGGAAGCACAGAAAUGGCAACAACAUUUAUCUUUGUUGCGAGAACAAUACAUUAAUUUAUAUAAUACAAACACAGAACUGCAACGUGAAUAUGCUAUUGUUACUGCAAGUAAACAAGAUUCUGGAUUUAUUGGAAGACUUUUAACAAUUAUAGCAUCACUAUACAAUCAACGUCGAUAUAGUGAUGUAACUAUUAAAUUAAAGGAUCAAGAAAUACCAGCACAUAAGUUUAUCUUAUCUGCUAGAACAGAUUUUUUCAGUGAUCCAAUGAUUGCUGAAGCAACUACAUUAGAUUGGACUCAUUUAGAUCCUAAUGUUGGAUUGGUGUUAUUAAAAUGGAUAUAUAUGGGAAAAGUUGGUCAAGAAAAUUUAACAGUAGAUUUAAUGAAAGCAGCUUCCAGUUUUCAAUUGACAGAAUUAGUUGAACUUUGCGAGAAAUAUUUAAUUGGAACUGUGGGACUGAAAGAUUGUGUACAAUUGUAUGCUAUUGCUGAAGAAUUAGGAACUCGACAAUUAAAAGAGCAUUGUAGCUCUUUGAUUUCAGCACAUUGGGAAGAUUUGAGUGGAGAAGAUUUUAAAGAAAUGCCUGGAUCUUUAUUGUACAAAUUAUUGCAAACAAAGAGUAAAUACCCAUUACAUGCUGCUGUUAGAUUGAUGAGAGAAGAUGUAGUGUUUUUGUAUUUGGUGGAAAACAAUACAGGGUUAACUAAAGCCGUUAAUGCACUAGAUCACAAAGGAGAAUUACCAUUGGAAGUUGCUUUAAAAACAUGUCAACCAUCAUUAGCACGUACCUUAGUUAAGCAUGGGGCUGAUUUAAAUGCAAAAGAUUCAAAAGGACUUACUUUACUCCAAGCUGCUAUUAUUAAAGGAGAUUCUUAUUCAGCAGAAUUUAUAAUAGAACAGUUGCAAAAUAGUGGUAACGUACAACAGCUAUGCAACCCUCUGAAACUUACUGGAAAUACAAAAGACAUAAAGAAUCCUGAAGAACUAGAAGGAUGUACUGUUUUACAUUUGAUAACAAAACAUAGUUCAGAAAAUAUGUUAUCGAUCGCGUCCCGUUUGUUACAAGCUGGGAUUGAUCCUAAUUUACAAAAUCAUAAAGGAUGGACUGCUUUACACAAGUGCAUACAGGAAAGAAACGAACCGCUGUUUGAUAUUUUGAUAGAAUGUACAGAUUUAAACUUGAACAAAACUACUAACGAGGAUGAUACUCCAUUGUGCAUCGCAAUGAAAUUAGAUCCGUUUGGUCAAUUUUUUGCUAAACAACUUUUAGAUAAAGGUGUAACUUCUAAUCCUAUAUAUAAAAAUACAGAAGACACUUUGCUACAUGUUUUAAUAAGAGAAUGUAAAGAAGAAGCAGCACUGUUUUUAAUCGAACAUUGUAAAGAUAAUUUGAUGAAAAAAAAUAAUGAAGGAUAUUCAGUUUUACACGAAGCUUGUAAAGUUGGUUCAAGAAACUUGACGCAAGCUUUAUUAAAAAAUGGUCUUCCAGUGGACGAAGUUGCAUUUUCUACCGGUGAUGCGCCGAUACAUAUUGCUGUAUCAAAUUUAUACUUUGAUAUUGUAGUAGAAUUAUUAGAUGCACCUAAUUCGAAUUCUCAGUUAAAUUUGAAAAAUAAUGCAAACGAAACACCUUUGAGCAUAGCUAUUAAAGCUCCAUUUAAAAAAGGUAAAGAUAUUGUUUUGGCUUUGAUAAAAGCUGGAGCAAAUAUCAACGAAUAUAAUAAAGAAGGCUUAACGUUAUUACAUCAAGCAAUAUUAAAAGAGGAUUCAGCAACGGCAAUCUUUUUAUUAGAAAAUGGUGCAGACAUGAACGCGAGGACUGCAAAUGGAGAGGCCCCUUUACAACUUUCUGUGCACUGUAGACUAGGUGAAGUUGUUGAAGCUCUUUGUAAAAGAGGUGUGGAUACUUCUGUAGGAUGUCCGUUAUGGGAUGCAUUGGAUUCGGAUCAAGAAGAUAUAGCAUCUAUUUUAGUUAAAUAUGGAGCUGAUACUGAUUGUUGGGGACCUGGUCCAGAUGGUUGCCUACAAACAUUAUUGCAUAGAGCAAUUGAUGAGAAUAAAGAAGACAUUGCACAAUUUCUUAUAAGAAGUGGUUGCGAUUUGAAUGCUCCAAAAAAACUUGGUCCAGAUGGCUCGGGAGGUGAUGAAGCUAGAGAUGAAUGUACUCCAUUGCACAUAAGUUGUCAGUGGGGUUUAGAGCAAGUUGUGCAAACGCUUAUUGAACACGAUGCCGAUAUAAAUGCUCGAGAUAUAGAAGGGAAAACUCCAGUUCAUGUAGCCAUACAAAAUCAACAUUCACAAAUUAUUUCUCUGUUGCUUUGUCAUCCUAACAUAGAUUUAAACAAACGAGAUAAAAAAGGUUUAACACCAUUUGCAACAGCUUUGACAUUCCGAAACAAUAAGGCGGCACAAGCGAUAUUAGAACGAUUACCUAAAGCUGCUGAACAGUAUGACAACAAAGGUAGAAACUUUUUACAUACUGCUAUUCAAAAGAAUGAUAUGGAAAGUAUUUUGUUUCUAUUAUCUAUACAGGUAGAUGUAAAUUCCAGAGUUCACGAUGUUACACAAACUCCGCCUUUACAUCUUGCUGCAAUAUCUGGAAAUGAAAUGUUAGUGCGAAGUUUAAUUUUGGCUGGUGCGCGCGUUAAUGAUACGGAUGCAAAUAGAAAUACCGCAUUACACGCUGUUGCAAAAGCAGGACAUGCUGCAGUUGCCUCUGCCUUAUUGCAGAACAAUAUUAAUUUUGAUGCUGUAAAUGCAGACGGCGACAAUGCAUUACAUGUAGCUGUAAGAGAAGGUCAUGUAGGAGUAGUAAGAACACUUUUAACUGAAUGUACACUAGAUGCAGAGGCGGUCAAUCUUAAAGGAAGAAAUGCUUUACAUGAAUUAGCCAGAUGUGGAAAAGAUAAUGCAGCAACUAUAUGCGAACUUUUCUUAGAAUGUAUGUCACACUAUCCAGUAAAUAAUGCAGACUUGGAUGGUAAUACUCCAUUACUGAUAGCUUAUAUGAAAGGCAAUGGUCAACUUUGUCGUACGUUAGUAAAAUCGGGUGCAUGUUUAGCAUCGAUGAAUAAAGAAGGAAUUACAAUUUUUAAUUAUCAAGUAGCAACGAAACAGUUACUGUAUAGAUUAUUAGACUCGUUGACGCAAGAAGCACCAUGGGCUGAUAAAGAUCUCUGUUUGGAAUGUGGUACAAAAUUCUCUCUCACAAUGCGAAAACAUCACUGCCGUCACUGUGGUCGAGUUUUGUGCAAUAAAUGUUCUGGUCAAGAUGUUCCAAUUGUAAAAUUCGGAUUAAAUAAACCAGUGCGUGUUUGUGCAGUAUGUUUUGAUGUAUUACAAGUAGGUGCUGAAUAAUAUAAGACUUCAAAUAAAAGAAACAUUCGGAUGUAAAUAAAAUAAAUGUCAUUCCAUAUACAUUUCUUA